AUGUGUGUAUCUAAAAAGGAAAGUGAGGACAAACAAAAUGGAGAACGAGAGCGAUAUCUGCAAGCCAACAAUAGAGAAUUUAACAGUCUGUUUGGAUACCCGGAUAAUAGCAUCAAAACCGCAAAAUAUAGUGUCUUAACCUUCUUGCCUAUGAACCUGUUUGAACAGUUCCAGAGACUUGCAAAUGCAUAUUUCCUCUUUUUGCUUCUUCUACAGUUGAUUCCCCAGAUCUCCUCCUUGGCAUGGUACACGACUGUGGUCCCCCUGAUGGUGGUGCUCUCCAUAACAGCAGUGAAAGAUGCCAUCGAUGAUGUGAAAAGGCACCAAAAUGAUAAUCAAGUCAACAAUCGUUCUGUUCUGGUGCUGAUGAAUGGCAGGAUAGUGACAGACAAAUGGAUGAAUGUCCAAGUGGGAGAUAUAAUUAAACUAGAAAACAAUCAGAUUGUCACGGCUGAUAUACUAUUACUCUCAAGCAGCGAGCCCUACAGUUUGACAUAUAUAGAAACUGCAGAACUGGAUGGUGAAACCAACUUGAAAGUGAAGCAGGCCAUCUCGGUUACCAGUGAGAUGGAAGAUAAUCUGAAGCUUCUGUCUGCUUUUGAUGGAGAAGUGAGGUGUGAAUCUCCCAAUAACAAGCUGGACAGAUUCACAGGAAUACUCAUGUAUAAGGGAAAAAACUACAUCCUGAAUCAUGACAGACUGAUCCUCCGAGGCUGUGUCAUCAGGAACACGGACUGGUGCUACGGCUUGGUGAUUUUUACUGGACCAGACACCAAAGUAAUGCAGAACAGUGGGAAGUCGACCUUUAAACGGACACACAUAGACCACCUCAUGAAUGUCCUUGUGCUCUGGAUUUUCCUGUUUUUAGGCAGCAUGUGUUUUCUCCUAGCAGUUGGUCAUUACAUUUGGGAAAACAACCAAGGUUACUACUUCCAGGAUUACCUGCCAUGGGAAGACUAUGUCUCUUCAUCAGCUUUCUCUGCCGCCCUCAUAUUCUGGUCCUACUUCAUUAUCCUCAACACCAUGGUGCCUAUUUCCCUCUACGUCAGUGUUGAGAUAAUAAGAUUGGGCAACAGUUUCUAUAUCAACUGGGAUCAGAAGAUGUUUUAUGAGCCGAAGAACACACCAGCACGGGCGCGUACCACCACCCUUAAUGAGGAGCUCGGCCAGGUCAAAUACGUGUUCUCUGACAAAACGGGGACCCUGACUCAGAACAUCAUGAUUUUCAACAAGUGUUCAAUUAACGGGACAUUCUAUGGUGAUGUCUGUGACAAAAGCGCGCCGUGGAGCAAAGUCUCGAAGAAAAGAGAAAAGGUCGACUUCUCCUACAACAAUCUGGCCGAUCCUAAGUUCUCAUUUUAUGACAAGACUUUGGCCGAAGCAGUGAAAAGGGGAGAUGACUGGGUACACUUGUUUUUCCUGUCACUCUCAUUGUGCCAUACAGUGAUAUCAGAAGAGAAGGUAGAAGGUGAGCUGGUUUACCAGGCUCAGUCCCCAGAUGAAGGUGCCCUGGUCACUGCUGCCAGGAACUUUGGCUUUGUGUUCCGUUCCCGCACGUCUGAGACAAUCGUGGUAGUCGAAAUGGGGAAAACGAGAAUCUACCAGCUGCUGGCUAUCUUGGACUUCAGCAAUGUGCGCAAGAGGAUGUCUGUUAUUGUGAGGACACCUGAAAACCGCAUACUGUUAUUCUGCAAGGGUGCAGACACGAUCCUCUGUCAGCUCCUCCAUCCAUCCUGUGGAUCCCUCAAAGACAUAACCAUGGACCAUUUAGAUGACUUUGCCAGUGAUGGCCUUCGCACCCUCAUGGUGGCCUACCGAGAGCUGGACAGUGCAUUCUUCCAGGACUGGAGCAAGAAGCACAGUGAAGCCUGCUUGUCUUUGGAGAAUCGGGAAAAUGAAAUAUCAAUUGUCUGUGAAGAGAUUGAGAGAGACCUGAUGCUGUUAGGGGCCACAGCCAUAGAAGACAAGCUGCAGGAUGGAGUACCUGAGACGAUCCUCACCCUGAACAAAGCCAAAAUUAAAAUUUGGGUUUUAACUGGAGAUAAGCAAGAGACUGCUGUGAACAUUGCCUAUGCCUGUAACAUAUUCGAGGAUGAGAUGGAUGAGAUAUUUAUUGUGGAAGGCAACAACGAUGAGACUGUUGGGGGAGAACUCAGGUCAGCAAGGGAAAAGAUGAAACCCGACUCUCUACUGGAAUCAGACCCCGUAAACAGUUACCUCGCCACAAAGCCCCAGCCACCCUUCAAAAUACCUGAGGAGGUGCCCAAUGGCAGCUAUGGCUUAAUCAUCACUGGCUACAGUCUGGCCCACGCUCUAGAAGGAAACCUGGAGUUGGAACUGCUGCGGACGGCGUGCAUGUGCAAGGGGGUGAUCUGCUGCCGGAUGACGCCCCUCCAGAAGGCCCAGGUGGUAGAACUGGUGAAGAAGUACAAGAGGGCGGUGACACUGGCCAUCGGUGAUGGAGCCAAUGACGUCAGCAUGAUCAAAGUUGCCCACAUUGGAGUUGGCAUCAGUGGCCAGGAGGGGAUGCAGGCCAUGCUCAGCAGCGACUAUGCCUUAUCCCAGUUCCGCUAUCUUCAGCGUCUGCUCUUGGUUCAUGGCCGCUGGUCCUAUAACCGCAUGUGCAAGUUUCUAAGCUACUUCUUUUACAAAAACUUCGCCUUCACCCUGGUGCACGUCUGGUAUGCCUUCUACAGCGGGUUUUCUGCACAGACAGUUUAUGAUACCUGGUUUAUCACUUUCUACAACCUGGUCUACACCUCCCUCCCUGUCCUGGGCUUGAGUCUGUUUGAUCAGGACGUGAAUGAAACAUGGAGCCUACGCUUCCCAGAGCUGUAUGAGCCAGGCCAGCACAACCUCUAUUUCAACAAGAAGGAAUUUGUGAAGUGUUUGCUACAUGGGAUCUACAGUUCUUUUGUGCUCUACUUUAUCCCUAUGGGGACUGUUUUCAAUUCAGAGCGCAAGGAUGGGAAGGAGAUCUCCGACUACCAGUCCUUCUCCCUGCUAGUGCAGACCUCCUUGCUCUGUGUGGUCACAAUGCAGAUUACGCUGGAGACAACCUACUGGACGAUGAUAAGCCAUGUCUUCACCUGGGGCAGCCUGGGUUUCUACUUUUGCAUCUUAUUCUUCCUAUACAGUGAUGGCUUAUGCUUACUGUUCCCCGACGUCUUCCAGUUCCUAGGUGUGGCCAGGAACACUCUGAACCUGCCACAGAUGUGGCUGUGUGUUGUCCUCAGCAUCAUCCUCUGCAUGCUGCCUGUGGUUGGGUACCAGUUUCUCAAACCGCUGUUCUGGCCCGUCAGUGUGGACCAGAUUGUUGACAGAAUUCAUCACUGCAUGAGACAUCCACUGCCAUACCCAUUCAGGACCAAACUGAAACACACAGCCUCUCGCCGCUCUGCCUACGCGUUUUCCCACAAACAGGGCUUUGGGGCCCUCAUCACUUCCGGCAAGACCAUGAAGGCCAGAUUUCCCAAGAGAAACAGCUUUCCUCAUAAAAGGUAG